AUGGCUCCUCGCGCACCCCCUCGCGGCAUCUACGCCCCCGUCGUGGCCUUCUUCCACGAAGACGAGACGCUGGACCUCGCGGCCCUCAAGACCCACGUCGAGCGGCUCGCAAAGUCGAGCGUGGCCGGACUCGUGAUCCAGGGGUCCAACGGGGAGGCGCCGCAUCUGCUCCACUCAGAGAGGCAGCAGGUCAUCGCGACGGCGGCCGAGGUGCUGAAGCAGCACGGCAAGUCGGACGCCGUCAUCAUCGCCGGCUGUGGCGCGCAGAGCACGCGCGAGACGGUCCAGCUCUGCACCGAAGCCAAGGAGUCGGGAGCGGACUACGCCCUCGUGCUGUCGCCGAGUUACUGGACCGGGGCGAUGCAGAAACCAGUGAUCCAGCAGUUCUUCGACGACGUCGCGACGGCCUCGCCCAUCCCCAUCCUCCUGUACAACUUCCCCGCCGUGACGUCGGGCAUCGACCUCGACUCAGACCUCAUCGCGGGGCUCGCGGCGUCCAACGCCAACAUCGUGGGCUGCAAGCUGACGUGCGGCAACCUGGGCAAGCUGCACCGCGUGGCACACGACGAACGGAUCCCGAAACCCUUUGCGGCGUUCGCGGGCAAGUCGGACUUCUUCCUGCACGGCCUCGUGGCGGGCUCGCACGGCGUCAUCGCGGCGGCGGCCAACUUCACGCCAAAAGUACACGUCAAGCUGCUGCAGCUCUACGACGAGGGCAAGCUCGCCGAGGCGCAGGAGCUGCAGACGAAGCUGAGCCAGGCGGACUGGGUGCUGGUGCAGCUGGGCGUCGCCGGGUUGAAGGCCGCGCUGGACAGGUAUUUCGGGUACGGAGGCGGCCGAAGCAGACGGCCUCUCGGCUUGGUUGCCAGCGCAAAGUUUGAGGGAGAGAAGGAUGCGGUGCUCAAGAGUCUGGUGGACUUGGAAAGUUCGCUGUGA